GUCACGUGAUAAGAGGAUAUUUAAGCUCCUGGCGCGAGAGGAAGGUGACUCGAGAAAUAAAGAAGCAAAAACAACCUGAUCCCACUUUCGGAAGUUGCCAAAACUGUAAGUUACAUUAUUAUAUGGUAGUAUAAAAUGUUUAAUUUCACUCAAAGUUCAAAUACGCUCAAGUCAGUAAGUGUAUUACACGAACGAUUGCGUAUUUUUAUUUUACUAAUGAAUGUUAGCAAGUACUGCUAGCUAACUCCAGCUAGCUAACGUUACUUGGUUUAGCCGGUUUGGUUUAUGAUUUUUAUCAUUUCUACUUUACUAACUAGCCAAUUUGGUCCGCGUUAGUAUCUUUGGAGCAAGACAUUGAUAAUGUUAGUUAACUAUCUAGACAGUUGUUAUUACCUGAAACCUGGCCAUACCAAAGAUCCUGGUAACUUUCAGCUUUUGUCUGUGGCCAUACCUUGCCAGCCAUUUUUGGCGGCUUUUUUCUUCCCGCGAGAUGGGAAGUCUGUUACACUGUAGAUAACAAUUAUAGAACGCUAUUCCAGUGUCGGCAAACAUUCUUGGCUAAGUUACAUUGUAACGCUUUACCUUAUCAUUCUCAAGUCACUUUUUCGAGUAGUAAAUUGCCUUUAGGAUUUACAGUGUACCUUUCUCACCAGGUCUUGUCAAGAAAAUGUCCAUUAGGAAAAUGAAACCUGGGGAUAAAGCCUCUGAGAACAUAAAGGUAAGCAAAUGAUAAAUGCCAAUCCCCUGUCUAGUGUUGAUAUAUCAAAGUGUUUAGUAGCAGACUACUGUACUGUCAAGUUAAUGACUGAAAUAUUAUGUGCAAGGAGGCCCACCAUUACAAUUCAGCAAUUUAACUGAAGUGGUUUUAACAGGCCGUGAACCCACAGAUCCUUCAUGCACCUCCAGAAUUGGACUCAAACAUUUUGAAAUUCGAUGACUCGACCUCGCACUAUAUAUUGUUAGGGUUAAUGUUUGCAUACUCACUAACUUGUAGUUGUCCAUAGUGAAUAUUUUGAGACUAGUUCCCACAGUAAUAAUUUGGUUAAGAAUGUCAGCGGGUAAGAUAAUGACCUGGGGCCAAUUGCAGCCUGUGGGAAUUGGAAGGCAAUCACCCCAUGCAUGCAGUUGUGCUAGGAGCAGGGUGAGCCUGCCCCUUUCUCACGCCUGCCCCUUUCUCACGCCUGCCCCUUUCCCACGCCUGCCUGUGCAAUCCAGUCAGAUAUCAGACCUGGGUACAAAUACUAUUGGAAGUCUUUCCAAUACUUUGAGCGUUUGCUUUAGCCUGCCUGGAGUGCCAGGUAGACAGAGGGAUUGGACUGUUUGGGCUCUUCUAUUGGUUCCAUUGCAACAGAAGUUCAAACACAGCAUUUGAAAUGAUUUUAAAUGCUAUUUGAACCCAGGUCUGCCUUGAUGUGAGAUGCGCAGGGCUGUUCAGCCACUUCACUUAUUUGCUAUCCCAAAAUGACAAUCGCGACAGUGUAACCAGAGUAGAGUUUGUUGAAUGGCACUAUACCCAGGUCAUUGCUCAGUGUGCUCACUGCUGAGGUCAGGGAGAGGGUUGUUUCCCACCAAAGUUGCACCUCAAUGGUUUCUCACAGAGGGGUGUAACAAACUCCUGACUGGUUUUGUAUGGAAUCGCAUGAGCACUGACUUUUCGUUGUUUACUUUAAAAAAUGUAAUUAUUUAACUGUACUGGAUUAAACUUUUUACGUUUGACUUCAUGUUUUAUUUCAGCACUUUUUUGGUGGAUCCAUUCAAGGCAUGGGACCCACAAGGAAAACGCUGCAAGUCCUCCAGCAAGCUGCAGUCAAUAAGAACCAUGGCAGAGUAAUGCCGGUAUGUCGUGGGGACUUGUCACCCAAAUCAGUUUAUUUGGCUAACCAUAUUGUAUUUUUUUUGGGGGGGGGAUUUCCAAUAUUUUUUACGUUUUCCUCUAGCCCUAUCACCCCUCCCCUAAUUGGAGUAAACUAAUGGACAACAAUACUUAGACUUGUACUUCCAACAUGAACAUUUUACAGGCAUGGGACAUUUUACCUUAGUUAUCCCUCUUUACCUUUAGUCCCACCCUUCAGCUACCCUCAACCCCUCCCAUCAAUCUCUGAAAACCGUCCAGUUUUGUUUUCUACUUGCCAUAUAUUUUUCAACUAAUGUUUUUCUCACAAGUUCUGAACCUUUCUAGUCUCAGUUUCUACAGGAUUUUUACUAAGAGUAUUAUAUUAUUGAUUAUGGCUUUUCAAAUUACCCAGCAGUGCUAUUUGAAGAGUUAGUUUUGGGUGAAUGUUGCGGCAGUUAUUUUGGCCCAUUCUUGAACCUGCGAACAAAAACAAGCUACAUAUGGGCAGUACAAAAACAAGUAGGGAUGACCCAGACUAAAAAAAAUCUUGUUAGACUGAAAGUCAUGUUCUUUCGACCAAUCAAUUGCUCUAAUUUUUCAACAGUGUAUUUUUCCAUGUAGACACAUCCUGUGUUUUAAUAAAAUCAACUAUAUGCGUUGAGCUUGUCUGAUGCUUUAAGCUUACGGUUUGAUGCCUCAAGAGGGUGCCAGAGAUCUAGGUGACCAGAACCUUAACAUGACCCAUCUAUUCUCCAGCUGGCUUUCGCAGAUUCUGCCUUUACUCUCCUGAAAUUGCCGGUAGACUACAGUACGAGUCGGCAACCUUUCUCAUGUGGAAUGCCAAUUUCUUACAUUUUCUACCGCGCUGUGUGCCAGUUAUGAAAAUGUGCAAAUGAAAACCAUAAGUUUAAUUUAUAACGUCUUCAAAUCUCAAUCAUUGUCAUGUGGUUAAUCAAAAUUAUAUUUAAAUGAUACAAACCUAAAGUAAGUUAACUUCUAUUGCCAUUGUCAACUAUGUAAAAAUGGCCUACAUAAAGCCAACAAACAUUGCAGGUAGAAAAUGUCCUAUAAAUCACAUUGGCAACACAUGGCCUGUCUGCAACGAACUUGAAACAUUGUAUUAACUUGGGUUCUGCCCGCAAUGCACUUGCAACAUUUAAUAAAAUAUUCUGGGCCCUCAGAGUUUCCCACGCCAGUGAGCUUGGGGCAACUCAAAUUUUCUGCUGAUUGAGCUCCUGUUCCUCUUCUAGAAUAUUAUUAGCUCAAAAGUAUUGUGGAGCUCCUGCACCUAAAAUAUAAAAAGUACCAUCACCCAAAAUGAGUACCGGAACCUAUUUCAGUCCAAGUCAAGCACUGAUAAGAAGCAUAUUUAAUGCAGUUUCCAUUGGAUUGGAAACAUGUAGCAUUGGUUGUGCACUCUGCAAACUGUGUCCACUCCAACAAUGAGAACAGGAAGACUGUAAUAUUGAAUACAUUAAAAGAAAUGACCAUAACCAAACCAAACGUUGUAGAUACAUUUUUUUUUUAUAGGAAUUCAUGGUAAAUGUACUACUGGUGACAUAUGUAAUGGGGAAUUGAAAUACACUAGGAAUUUCAACUAUGAAUGUGCAUAAAUUGGUGGGGGAGAGCGCAUUCUGGAGAGAAGUGCAUCUGGGCGCAUGGUCAAUCUGACGUCUGCAUUGGCCAUGCAGCAUUUACGGAGCAGAAGUCAGGGCAAGAAUGGCCUCCGCAGAAGUCUGGGCAUUCAUACUACUUGUGCUUUGCAGAGCUGUUGUCAAGGAAGUGAGUGUGUUUAUACACUAUGUACUGUCCCCACCUACCGUCAACCAAUCAUGUCAAUGCGGAGCCAUACAGAGCCCUCCGCAUUGUUACAACAUUUGGGAGGCGCAUGGCGACACAGUACAGCGCUCAAUUUGACCUCUGGGGGCUCUGCAAUUGCGUCACACCCUCCAUAUGGAGCCUCAGACCACAUUUUCGAAUCAAGCAUAAAUUGGCUUUUAGUCUAGGCCUCUGCAAUCGAUUUAGGUCACUGAGAUUGGCGCAAAUAUGUGUGUUACUGCUCGACUAAAACCAUCUCGGUCGGCCAACAGCCUAAAGACCAAACAAUCGACCAGUCGACUAAUUGGGGUCAGCCCUAAAAACAAUUGAUUUGUCUCUUUGCAGCAGAAUCUGCGGUGCUGGGAUGACCGUAUCCCCAUAUACAUUACAUUCUAUUGGUUGCCAGAAUUUUGUAUAAUUUAAAUAGAAAAACUAAUUUUUGGAUCAGGCCAACAACCGAUGUGCUGAUCAAGUAAUUCUUUGUUGGGUAUUUUUUUAGACGGGAAAGGUGGUUCACAAAAGAAAACAGUGGAACGCAGAACAAGUGAAGGGCUCAAAGAGGGUGAAGGCUGAAGUUGCUGUCAAAUCUAAAAACACAGAGAAUGGAGAUCUACCUGAUGGUGUUACCAAGGAGGCCUAUGAACUAAUGGUCAAAGGUAUGUUUGUAUUUAAAUAUUUACAAGCACUCUAACUGUUUGGCUGGCCAUGAUCCUAAUACCAUUUAUCACAUCAAUGUUUCAUUAAAAUGGACUGGGUUUAUUUUGUCAAUGUACAAUGUCAUAAUACUUUUAAUCCCAUAUAAUUAAAUCUAUAUCCUUUUAUUAAUCUCUUCCUUUUGUCCAGUAGUUAAAUUGAAAUGGCCUACCCCCUCUGUUUCAGUAACCCCUCCCUCCUCUUACUGGAAAGAGGUAGCCGAGGAGAGACGUAAAGCGCUCUACAGCGUUCUACAGGAAAAUGAGAAAGUGAGUUAAUCACUGAAGAAAGCUGACUAACUUGUCCCUUUCCCACGCUUCAAAAUGAGUCAAAAUCCGGUAGUCUCUCUGGCAGCACUCCACCUGGCACAAUGGGUGUUGGUCUGUUUCAGAGAUGUGGCAUUUUGCUCCCAGGUCGUUUGAAUAUAGUGGAAUUAUUUUAGUGCCAUUGAGUUAAGCUGAUAGUGGGGUCUGUGAAACUGAUUUUUAGCUGAUGGUGAAGCCUGAAACUUUGUCAAGUUCUCAAAACUGACUUUAUCACCUUGUUUGAGCAGUUGCACAAAGACAUUGAUGCCAAGGAUGAGCAGAUAGCCCACCUGAAGACUGAGAAUGAUGAGCUUCAGGAGCUGGCCCAGCAUGUACAACACAUGGCUGACAUGAUAGAGGUGAGUCCUGGGAAAGUAGUGGGAAAUUGAUGGAACAUAAGGGUAUUUGUGGCUCUUUUGAAGUCUAUGCUGGAUGCUUUUUAAACAUAAGGUAGCUUGUGACGUUCAACGCUCAUGUUAUCUCCUCUCAGAGGUUAACUGGAAAGAGUCCGGAAAGUCUAGAUGACUUGCGAGAGAUCACCCUUGGUGCCGACGAGAAGGCGGAAGAUGAGUUGGAGGAGCUAGAUGACUCUGAUGACCUUGGUACCAGCAGUGAUUUCACACCCAGGGCGGAUGUCUUGGAUGAUGUCACAAAACAACAGGAAGAUGACUCCUCAGGAGAGGAUUGAGUGCCAGAACUUCAGUGCACGGGUGAAACUCAACUUUGGGAAAUGUCUGUUAUGGACUUACCAUUCUGGCAUUGAUGCCUGUAGUUGAUUUAUAUAUUUUCUCUGCUUAACAUCUCAAGAGAUACUUGUGCCUUACUUGCAUGAUUUUUACUUUGGUCAACCACAACAGCUUAUCAUGCGGCUAUGGAAAGGGAAGUUUCCCUGGUUGUUUUUAACUUUGCUGUUUUUAAAUGUAUUUGAUCAUUUACCAAACGUUGGCUUUCAUUAUAGUGCCGUUUUAGUGCACUCUGUGUACAUAGGCUUCAGGAAUGUUCUGUGAAAUAAACACC